CGUUUUAGCUAGCGUUAACAGAGCGUUAACAGAAACGGCAUCCUGAUAUCCGUGUUUUGCAACUCUCCCUUUCCAAUAAAAGUCCUGCGCGACGGAAGAAUGCGGAUUGAUUCCGGAUUCGAAGCGCGCACGGCUGUUGCAUCCGCACGCCGCCCUGCCAGCGUGGCUCAGGUUGAUGUUUCCCUGGACCCUUUGAAGAUGUCAAACCCUGGCAACGAGAGGAAUAAUGGCAAAACUCUGAAGAAGCAUGUCAAAGCAGCUCCACUAAGGCAUCCUGGGUCCUUCAAGAAAAAAGAAUUGGAAGUUUUUGUCGGCAAUCUCCCGUUGGAUAUCAGGGAGACAGACUUAGCGAUUGCGUUCAGGGAGUUUGGCGUGAAGACGGUCAGGAAACACAAGACAACUUUUACCAGCUUUGGGUUUCUGGAGCUGGCGUCCGCCGACAUGGUCAAGCUCGCCAUCGAGCGGAUGAACGGGAGCCAGGUUCAUGGGCGGCGCAUAAUAGUGGCUGUUGCAGAGGACAGGAGGGUCCGCGAGCCCACAAACACGGACACGGAGAUGCCGGAUUUGGAACCCAUCCCCUUGGAAGAAACUGGACCCAAGUGUGAUCCUCCCCCAAAAGCUGACACCCAGACCUUGGACCCUUCGAAGCUGAAGGUCCUUUAUGCCAUUCCCAUGGAAAUGAGAACUUUGUUCUUGCUGCAGAUGUUAACAGAUUGCUUUCGGGAUGUGGACUGGCUGUUCUCCAUAGCAAAAUUCGUAGGGAAAGCUGCACUGCUGGUGUUGGAUACCGUUCCGCAGACCCCCUUCUUCUGGGCCAUCCAUCUCACAGAGGAAUGUCAUAAGGCUAUGCGGACGCUGUUCAGGGCCUUGGCAGAAAGUGAGUCUUGUGCUCCUUUUCUGACAAAGCAAGAGGUUCAGCGAGGGACACGCUGCUUGGCAGAGUGCAUUGUGGGGGAUGAAGGCAAUGCCUGGAACAGGUGCUGGGUUGUGGAGAAGGUGGAAGAUUUGGCGGUAGUGUUCUUUGUGGAUUUUGGCCGCUCUGCCACUGUCCCGCUUAAUUCCCUGCGGAAGCUGGACAGGGAUGAUUUCUGGGCGAUAAAACCUUUGGCACAGCCGUUUGCACUCCAGGAAGAGGUUUUCCCACCUCAAAUCAUGAUGAGACAAAUCCUGGAAGGGAAGGUGGUUGGCCCAUUGAAGACAGAGCGACACAUUUUGGAGUUUUCCAUCGAAGCCGAGUAGAAGGAAGUUGUUAAAAGAAAUUCUGGAGAGAACAUUCGACAAGCAAGCUGAUGGGCUCUUGGGAAAAAGGAUUGUAAAUGUUUUUGAUGGGAGAUGGGGUAAGCGGAAAGAUGCUUUGCAUUCAUUUCCUACACCUUCCUGUUUCUAUGCAUUUUGGGGGGGGGGCUCUGUAUCUGUUUAAAACAAGGCAGAUUAAGUGUGCCUUGUUGUGGCAGGAAGAAAAAAAGAAUGUCUUUCUCUUAAUAAAAAGCAUUUUGCCGUAUUAGUGGUGUUCAUAGAUGGAGGGUUUGAAGAGGCAAGGAAUGUUUAAAGUUUGCCUUCUGGAUGAAAACUAUUGAUUGGGGCCUGUUCUUUCCACCUUGUUUCUGGAGUUUAGUUGAUUAAAACAAAAUAUAUACAUGUA